AUGGAUGUUGCUGAUAUUCCACCUAACCAAACCCUUUACGUAAAUAAUUUGGAAGAUAAGAUUAAUGUAAAUGACCUCAAAUUUUUGUUAUACGAAUUUUUUUGUCCUUAUGGAAAUAUUAUAGAUAUUAAUAUAAAAAAAAGCAAUAAAGGUAGAGGUCAAGCAUUUAUUGUUUUUAAUAAUAUAGCUUCUUCUACCUUAGCUUAUAAAAAUCUUAAGGGAAAAAUGUUUCUCAAAAAAAACAUCAAUAUUAAUUAUGCAAAAACAAAAUCAACGAUAAUCCAAAAAAUAGAAGGUACAUAUAAUCCUUUAUUAAAUUAUAAAUCCAAACAUAAUAUAGAACAUAAAUCCAAUCUAAUCUAUACUUUAUUAGUUCAAAAUCUACCAGAUGAAAUUAAUAAAAAUGCUUUAGAAAUUUUGUUUAAUCAAUAUCCAGGUUUUUAUGAAGUCAGAUAUAUACCAGGAAAAAAUAUUGCCUUUGUUGAUUUCACAGCACAGGAACAUGCAGAAAUUUCCAUGACAGGAUUACAAAAUUUUAAAAUAACCCCACAUCAUCCGAUGAAAAUAUCAUGGGUCACAUGA